GCGGAAGCAAGAUUCCAACUUCCUCAUUGAGUCGGCUUGGUCGGUGUAAUUGUGACGUGUAGCACCGAAAAGUCUCUCAGAUUGCACAGUUUGCUAAUAUGAAGUUUGCCAGUUUGGUUGUCGACGAUAUUAAUUGAAUAACGGAGGGCAAAUUAACUUGGGAACUGUUUUUAUUUAGUGUUUUCAAAGCAAUAAUGCCUGUCAUGGUCGGCGAAAUAGAUGGACGGACGGAUAGGAAUUUGAUGUGUAUCUUGGUCCCGCUCGCUGCCUUGUUGUUGUUUUCGGUCGCAGUUGAUGCUGUUCCAGAGGAACACAAGUCUGUUCAAGCGCAGUCUACACAAGAGAAAGUCACAAGUGCCCAUCCAGUAGGAGUUUCUGAAGAUGGUUCCACAAAAGGAAACCUGGGUUUCAUCCAUGCUUUUGCGGCCUCUAUAUCUGUCAUCGUCGUCUCUGAGUUGGGAGAUAAAACAUUUUUUAUCGCAGCCAUCAUGGCCAUGCGUUACAAUCGUCUCACCGUGCUGAUAGGUGCUAUGCUGGCCCUAGGGAUCAUGACUUGCCUUUCUGUGCUGUUUGGCUAUGCAACUACCAUCAUCCCAAGAAUCUACACAUACUAUGUAUCUACGGCUCUGUUUGCCAUCUUUGGUAUACGCAUGCUGAGAGAGGGGCUCAGAAUGAGUCCAGAUGAAGGCCAAGAGGAGCUGGAGGAAGUGCAGGCAGAAAUCAAGAAGAAGGAUGAAGAGCUCCAGAGGUCUAAGCUGGCUAAUGGGACUCCAGAUGUGGAGGCUGGAUCAGGGACAACACAGCCUCAGGGAAAGUGGUUCAGCAUCAUCUCACCCAUCUUCAUCCAAGCUUUCACCCUCACCUUUCUUGCCGAGUGGGGGGACCGCUCGCAGCUGACAACCAUUAUUCUAGCUGCCCGGGAGGAUCCAUUUGGAGUUGCAGUGGGUGGUACACUUGGGCACUGUUUUUGUACAGGACUGGCUGUGAUAGGAGGGCGAAUGAUUGCACAGAAAAUAUCUGUCAGAACAGUUACAAUCAUUGGAGGGAUUGUUUUUCUGGCAUUUGCCCUCUCCGCCCUGUUCAUCAAGCCUGAAUCUGGAUUUUAAUUGGACGAAAAACUUUGUUUUAUUUUGUAUAUACAUGUAAAAUUGGGUGAAGUUGCUGUAGAGACUGCAGCUAUGACCCUGUGUGUGGCUGUCACCAGGUGUGACAAGCUCAACAAUGAACAUGUCCUUCUUUUCCCAGUAUGCCUCUGCUCCACUACAUUCUGUAAAUCAAUGUUUUCUUAUAGAGGUUGAGGUUAAAUAUUAAAUGAGAUUUCCCAGGAGUCUUACCUGUCAUACACACCAGUGCCUCAUGGGAGGUGUCAUUGUUUAAGGUUAUCAAAAUAAUCACUUUAUUUUUAUGAAGUUCAGAUAUUAAAUGCAGAUUUAGUUUAGAACUGAAAAUCCAGGAAGGUUUAUGCAAAGUCAGUAAUGAGAGGAGAACACUGACUUACAGAAUCUUGUGGAACAGAGUUGCAGUAGAAGAGGAGGCCGGACCGUGGCCAUCUAAGAGCUGUGACCUCAUCUCAAGGCAUGAAAGAGGAAGAAGAUUAAACCCAACACUUGGUCGUGGGACUCAGACAAUGCAGUAUUUUCCUGAUAUUUAGCCACCUCAGAUUGAGUCCAUUUAAAAUCCUUACUUUGUUUUAAAGUGUUGAGUGGUUGGUGUUUUUUUUGUCCCCCCCCUUGGGGCUUUGUUUAACAUGUGCCCAGCUGCUGUCAGGUGACUGUAGACGGAGCUGCUGGCUGCCUUGUUGAAAGCACUUGAGGCUGCUCAGUUCUUGACUCCACUUUGCUCUCUGGGUGAUACCUGUUACUACAGCGUAUUAAAUCUCACACAGGGUGGGCCUACUUUGCUUAAGAUGCUGCCCACUGUGAGGAGAAUGUAACCAGCAACACAUCGGUAAAAAUGAUUUUUGAUAUCUGAUUUAAUAUAACAUUGUAUUUGAAGCAGAGACAUCAUUGAAAUACUUCCCUUAGUUGUUGCCCUUGGUGAGUGUCGAUAUGCAGGAGCAGAGUUCUGAAACAUUAUAAUACCUUUGCAUCUAGGCGUCACCAUACCUGUGUAGGUACAGUAUCUACAGAGUUGCAUCACAACUUACCUGUAGUUUAUGUGCAUCUCUUCAAAAUGCUAGUCACACACUGGCGAUAUUGACUGGGGGCCUUUUAUACAGGGUGGGCCACGGAAAAGCAGCCCGAGCAAGUGGAUUGUUUUACAGGCAGGCUACUUUUCCACCUCCCUUUUCACCUGGUAUUUCCUCGUACCAGUGUGAGUUGUCGAUAGUGAGACAAACAUUGAUCAGGGUGAAGAAAGGACAGUUUGCAACUCUUCCUAUGUGUGAUUAAAGCCAUUUCCACUAUGAGUAUCGCUGCCCUGAAUUACAAAGUGAAUGUGAGAGAAUGUAAACAUGAGUACACCAGGUAAGAAAAUCAUGUUUUAUUCUACACAAAGCUGACGGUACAUGUUAGUCCUUUUGCCAUAAGCAGCUGUGUUCUAGUUACAGUGUCAUCUCAUCAUGGAGAGGUAACUCAAGCCUACAGUUCACUUGUUAUGUAAAAUAGUAUCUAUUUAUUUGUCUUCAUUUUCUUUCUGUUUAGCAUACCUACUGUAGACACAAGGUGGGAGAAAGGGCACUCUAAACAAGAGUGGAAAUAUUUUUUUAACUGGCAGGAUUCAGCUGUGUUGUCAGUAUUCGAUAGGCUGUGCCCAGCUGUGAAAAAAAAAUUCAGUUUGUGAUACACAUUAAUUGAAUUGACUAUUACUAUCAAAUGCUCAAUAAAAAAAGUUUCAUGUGUUAA